UGCUAUGCAUUUAGCGCCCUUAGUUACCACUUUCUUCCCAUGAUGCAUCACCUCUAAGACAGUUUAAGUCAUCAAUGCUUUCUAACAUUGAGAAGCAAAAUACAAUUCUGCUGUGUAUCGAAGUAAUUUGAAACAUAGAUUAUGGAGAAAGAACAACAGAGCUACGUCGUCUUCAAUGCCUCCAAAAAAGAGCUGUUUGGCACCAGCAGCGGCUACAAGUCGAUGGAGAAGAGACUGAGAGCGCAUUGGAAGAUCCAGAGUAUGAAGGAAGAACUGUGUGUGGAGAAGCUGAAAGGUGUCAAGUUAUGGAUUACCGCUGGCCCAAGGGAGAUGUUCACAGCAUCAGAGCUGGAGGUGUUGAAGCACUACCUGGAUGGAGGAGGAAAUGUGCUGGUCAUGCUUGGAGAGGGCGGAGAAACGAAAUACGACACAAACAUCAAUUUUCUCCUGGAGGAGUUUGGAAUAAUUGUCAACAACGACGCCGUUGUGAGGAACGUGUACCACAAACACUACUUCCACCCUAAGGAGGCUCUCGUGUCUGAUGGCGUAUUAAACCGAGAGAUCAGUCGAGCUGCUGGAAAAGUUUUCACAGAAGUGUUUGAAGAUGAAACUGCUGGAAACAACGCGCAGGCUCUCACAUUUGUCUACCCUUACGGAGCCACUCUGAAUGUGAUUGCCCCUGCUGUGGCUGUUCUUUCAACGGGUUCGAUCUGCUUCCCGCUCAACAGGCCUAUCCUGGCCUUCUAUCACAGAAAGGAGUCUGGGAAGCUGGCUGUUUUGGGUUCAUGCCACAUGUUUUGUGAUCAGUACAUAGACAAGGAAGAGAACAGUAAGAUCAUGGAUGUUAUGCUUCAGUGGCUAAUGUCCGAGUCCAUCCAGCUGAAUCAGAUCGACGCAGAGAAUCCAGAGAUUGCAGAUUACUCCAUGCUGCCAGACACGCGAUGCUUGUCAGAACAGCUCAGAGUUUGUUUACAGGAGGGAGAAGAGACCCCUCAGGAUUUCACCUCCCUCUUUGAAACAUCUUUGUUCAGUUUAUCCUCCGACAGUUUAUCUGAAGUCAUAAGUGCUUAUAAACAGCUCAAUGUAAAACACGAGCCACUUCGGCUCAUCACCCCCCAGUUUGUGACACCUCUGCCUCAGCUUCAGCCUGCUGUCUUUCCGCCUGCCUUGAGUGAAUUGCCUCCUCCCAUGUUGGACUUGUUUGACCUCGAUGAGGCCUUCUCCUCUGAGAAAGUUCGCCUCGCCCAACUUACAAAUAAAUGCACGGAUGAUGAUCUUGAGUUCUAUGUACGCAAAUGUGGUGAAAUUCUGGGUGUGACUCCAAAGUUGGAUAAAGAGCAGAAAGACGCAAAGCACAUCUUGGAACACAUUUUCUUCCAGGUGGCAGAAUUCAAGAAACUUAACCAGGAACAGGAUGUCGAUUCAGACGCACAAUCUGCUCCACUCUAACCAGAACCAAUCAUUAUGGACUUUUUCCUUAUGGCCUUAAUAAACCACAUUGAGACAAACGGACCACAUACAUAGCAUUUUGCAUUUCAAAACAUGAAAAUAGUUAAAUACACACACUUUAUUAGAAAAAAAACAAACAAAUCUUUAGAUAAAAUGACCCAGAUAGAAAGCACAAAGUCACCUCAUUUCUCAAACUCUGGUAUUCCUUCCACCAGGUUUUAUCCAGUCAGCUUGGGUUUCUGUUGGUCCUCUAUUCAGGUAGCAACUGCUGCUGGGGUCUUGGACUUGCUGUUAGCUCCUGAGUGCUGGCCUCCAAGAAGAGCCAGGGGCUGUCGCUCUCCGAUUUGAUCAGAGAGACAUCCCAUGAGAUUUGUGAGGUAGUGAGAAUGCAGUAAGACUGGUCAAAACGCAUGGCAUUUUGGGGUUUUUUGAAGAGCUCCUGGGGGGUUGAGGUUGUCCUCUGCAAAGGAACAGUGAGGUUAAAGCCGUCCACUUCCUGCAUUUUGGAACCUUGUGGUGAAAACCUGCCACAAGGAGAAAUUGGAUCUGAUGAAAGGCAGAGGGAAGCCAGGAUAGAUGGCUUGCCUUCAAAUCCAUCACCUCUGUUGCUACUGAAAUUCUUUGAGGACGACGAUUGUUCUAGAGACAAAGCUGACAGCAAACCCUGCUCUUCUAAAAGCCUCCUGUCCAGCUCAGAUGGGGAGGAGCACUCAAAGCUUUUCAGAUCUAGAAAGGGGAAACAGUUUUUUCAAAAAAUUGACCUAAUUUGAUGCCGGGUAUCAAAAACAUUGGGCCUUACCUCCAAAGAUAAAAGCUUUCUCCAUUUUUGUCCACAGGGCAUGAAAUGGUUCAGUGAGCUGCUGGUGGGUUUUACCUGUUUUAGCUGCUGCUUAAUUGAACCAGCUGAAGUCUGGGCAGGUCAUUAGUGUGAUCAGGAGGGGGAAGUACUUCUAACUUUGCACAAAUGGAAAUAGUUCUAAAAAAAAGAAAAAAAAUCAAAAUGUAAACAAAACUGCAUCAACUUCCUGUAUUCAUGCAUGAGGCUAGAAAAAAAGGAUAAAUAAUAACCCCGGUUUAUGAUCACACUUUUUUAUUUUAUUUUUUUUAGCAUUUUGUUAUUAAAUUACUUUAAAAGUCCAGAGCCUUCACAGGGUUUGGGACCUUAAGCAGAUGUGGAAGUUAUUUUAUGUUUUCUGUUUUAAUGUCAUGUGUAAUGUUUUAUGUAAUGUGUUUUCAACAAAACAAUUUUACCAGUUGACCAACUAUAGUUCCUUACGUUCUUUAGAUAAAGGGAUAACAUAACUUUCAAAUAUUGGCAAGAUGUUUUUUUUCAAAAUAAUAACUUUUUUUUUUUUAAUGUCAGACGUCAGAAAAUGACAAAAAUGUCCUCCAAAAAAAAAAAAAAAAUGAAAUGGGUUUUUACUCUUUGUUCUUUUGGUGAAAUUUAUUUAAUGUACAAGAUUUAACUUAUAAAUGCCAAUUUUUUCACUGUAAUGCACAUAUAUAUUUUCUUAUGUGGAAAAUGAAAAUUUCUGAGUGACUAUCAACUAUCUUAAUACUUGCCUAAAAGGUAAAAAAAUAUUUUUUUAGAUUGUUCACAGUUUAGAAUAGAAUUUAUUACAAAAUAUAAUUAUUCUUCUUAAGAUGUUAGGCUGUU